GCCGAUAUACAUCACUUCCGACUCUGAUGACGUUGGUCGUCCUCCUCGGUUCCUGUUUGAGGUUCCUCCAUUCAAAGAGAUAACUGUCCGUAAAAAGAUAACGCGUUAGUAAUUGAUUUAGUAGGUCGCAUAUACCGUAACCGGUGACGAAAGCUUUCAUUAUAGACCGUUAUGGAGACUUCCGGAAACUCUCACAAGAAACCGAAGCUGAGCAACGCGUCCAGCGAGAAUUGGGGAAUGCAGAGGGCGACUAAUGUGACCUACCAGGCUCACCAUGUCAGCAGGAACAAGCGUGGUCAGGUGGUGGGGACGAGAGGGGGCUUCCGUGGAUGCACUGUUUGGCUCACAGGUCUGUCUGGGGCUGGGAAGACCACGGUGAGCAUGGCCCUGGAGGAGUACCUGGUGUGCCACGGCAUCCCCUGCUACUCGCUGGAUGGAGACAACAUCCGUCAGGGUUUAAACAAGAACCUGGGCUUCAGCCCUGAGGACCGCGAGGAGAACGUCAGGCGUAUAGCCGAGGUGGCCCGCCUGUUCGCCGACGCAGGGCUCGUUUGCAUCGCCAGCUUCAUCUCUCCCUACGGACGGGAUCGUGUGAACGCCAGGAAGAUCCACGAGGCUGCAAGCUUGCCCUUCUUCGAGGUGUUUGUGGACGCGCCGCUUGACGUGUGUGAACAGAGAGACGUCAAGGGCCUCUACAAGAGAGCCAGGGCUGGAGAGAUCAGAGGUUUCACUGGGAUAGACUCGGAGUAUGAGAAACCAGAGGCCCCAGAGCUGGUGCUGAAGACUGACACCUGCAGUGUCAACGAGUCUAUACAGCAGCUCAUUGACCUGCUACAUGAGAAGGAUAUAGUGCCGGUGGAUGCUUCCUAUGAAGUGAAGGAGCUGUACGUAGUGGAGAACAAGUUGGACCUGGCCAAGACGGAUGCUGAAACACUACCUGCUGUGCAGAUUGGAAAGGUGGACAUGCAGUGGGUUCAGGUGCUUGCUGAGGGCUGGGCCACCCCUCUGAACGGCUUCAUGAGGGAGAGGGAGUUCCUGCAGUGUCUCCACUUUGACUGUCUGCUGGACGGUGGCGUCAUCAACCUGUCUGUGCCGGUGGUGUUGCCGGUGUCGGGGGCGGACAAGGAGCGUCUGGACGGCGUCACGGCCAUGGCCCUGGUGUACGAGGGCCGCCGUGUGGCCAUCCUCCGCAACCCCGAGUUCUACGAGCACCGCAAGGAGGAGCGCUGCGCCCGCCAGUGGGGCACUACCUGCAAGGACCACCCCUACAUCAAGAUGGUAAUGGAGAGUGGAGACUGGCUGGUAGGAGGAGACCUGCAGGUCCUGGACAAGAUCAGCUGGAACGACGGCCUGGACCAGUACAGACUCACCCCCACUGAGCUCAAACACAAGUUCAAGGAGAUGAAUGCAGACGCCGUGUUUGCCUUCCAGCUGCGUAACCCGGUGCACAACGGCCACGCCCUCCUCAUGCAGGACACCCACAAGCGUCUGAUCGAACGGGGCUACCGCCGGCCCGUCCUACUGCUGCACCCGCUGGGCGGCUGGACCAAGGACGACGACGUGCCGUUGGAGUGGCGCAUGAAGCAGCACGCCGCCGUGCUGGACGAGGGCGUGCUGAAACCCGAAAACACCAUCGUGGCCAUCUUCCCGUCGCCCAUGAUGUACGCCGGCCCCACUGAGGUGCAGUGGCACUGCCGAGCACGAAUGGUGGCCGGCGCCAACUUCUACAUCGUGGGUCGCGACCCGGCGGGCAUGCCCCACCCAGCCACGGGCAAGGACCUGUACGAGCCAACGCAUGGGGCUAAAGUCCUCACCAUGGCGCCUGGACUCAUCACCCUGGAAAUUGUACCCUUCAAGGUGGCCGCCUACAACAAAGCCAAGAGGGCCAUGGACUUCUAUGACCCCAAGAACCAUCAAGACUAUGACUUCAUCUCAGGGACACGGAUGCGUAAGAUGGCUCGCGAAGGACAGAACCCGCCGGAAGGCUUCAUGGCCCCCAAAGCCUGGGCUGUACUGGUGGAGUACUAUCAGUCCCUGGAGAAGGCUACCUAAGGUCAAAGGUGGUCAAAGGUCAAAAUGGGGAACAUCAGGGUCGUAUUCAUUAGGGGACACCAUAGCAAAACUUUUUCAAACGUUUCUCACCAAGAAAAACGAAAAACAAGCGGUUGUCAUUGGACAAGUCCAGAUAGUCCCUCCCUGCUUCAGUCUGUUUCCCUCUGUUUGGUGCCUAAUGAAUACGACACAGCUAUCUCCUCUAAAACAGUUAAAAGAUUAAUACGGGGACCACUCAACAGCUAUAGCUAUCGUUCCUUCCCUGCGCUGUGGCUCGUCUCCAGAUGUCCCUCUCCAACCUCCAACGCACACACCUCUCCUCUAUUCUCCCCUUCUCCUGUAUUCUCACCUCUCCUCUAUUCUCCUGUAUUCUCUACUUUCCUCUCCCCUCUCCUCUAUUCUCCCCUCUCCUCUAUUCUCCCCUCUCCUCUAUUCUCCUCUAUCCUCUCCUCUAUUCUCCUCUAUCCUCUCCUCUAUUCUCCCCUCUCCUCUCCUCUAUUUUCCCCUCUCCUCUCCUCUAUUUUCCCCUCUCCUCUCCUCUAUUUUCCCCUCUCCUCUCCUCUAUUCUCCUCUAUAUUCUCCUCUAUUCUCCUCUAUCCUCUCCUCUAUUCUCCCCUUCUCCUGUAUUCUCACCUCUCCUCUAUUCUCCUGUAUUCUCUACUUUCCUCUCCCCUCUCCUCUCCUCUAUUCUCCUCUCCUCUAUUCUCCCCUAUUCUCCUCUCUCCUCUCCUCUAUUCUCCUCUAUCCUCUAUCCUCUCCUUCUCCUGUAUUCUCUCCUCUACUUUCUUCUCCCCUCUCCUCUCUCUCGUUCUGCUGCUACUGCCACUGGGCUUCAGUCUUACCACACUGAGUAUGUACUUUAUUUAAACUCACCAUUAGAAAUUGUUUUCUCUAAUUGUGCAACUAUCAGUAUUUUUAAAUGUGUUUUAAACUGGAAGUGGGUUCAAAUGUUCAUUUUAAAAGGUGUGAAGAGGCAAAGAUUGUCUUUUUUUAGAGAAUGAUGCAAAAAGGUUCCUCGUUAUGUAACAAGAUGUGGUUUAGUUGAGGAUGAAUACAUGUAGGAAGUCAAUGCCCCUCUUGGUGAUGUUUCCUAGAACUCUGACCGUGUCCAUGGCUAACGUGAUCAUAUUGAUUCUUUUGAGUUGGGCUUUGUCCAUUUGUCCCCGUGCACACUUCACAUAAGUUACUGGAAAGCGUAGACUAAUUUAGUGAUCUUAAAACAAGCCAUCGCUGUGUAGCUGCAGUGUGUGGGUAACUGUCCUCGGAGGUUGUUGGCCUGACUGGAACUGUGGUUUGAAUUGGAGUUUGAGGUCAAGUUGAGUGCCUUGUCUUUGUCAAUCGUUCUCACACAGAGACAUUGCAUUCCCGCACACACACACACACACACACACACACACACACACACACACACACACACACACACACACACACACACCUGUUCAUUCUCCUACUUGCCUCUGUUAGGUUAAAGAGGUCCAAUAGAUCCAGGAAACGAUCUGCAAAGCAGAUGAGACCGGAACUAAUGACUAAACCUUUAGAAAUACUUCCUGUUUUACCAUCAGCUUUAUUUCUCCAUACUGAUAAAUGAUGUGUUAUCUUUUUACUUUGAUGUAGCAUGUAGUGAAGUGUUUACCACCUAUGACUGUUUUAGGGAACUGUCUGUAUUUAUGCUUUUAGUUGAUGUUUAUCACACAGGAGGUUGGUGGCAUCUUACUUGGGGAGGACAGGCUGGUGGUAGUGAUUGGAGCAGGAUAGGUGGAAUGGUGUUCCAUUUGUUUUAUUCCAGCCAUUAUUAUGAGCUGUACUCCCCUCAGCAGCCCCCUGUGGGUCUGUCACUAUAUAUUUUUUAGUUUGUUGGCUAGUUUUAAUAUUCUUUGUACUGAGUUAUAAUAUUUUCCAUUUGGUUACUACUGUACAAACAUGGGUCUGCUCUGCCAGUAUGGCCGGAAGAAAAGAUAUCGGUUUAUAUAUUAUUGUCCAUGUUCUCCAAUAAACCGUUUUUAGCAAAUGGA